CUUCUUUAUAUCAUUUUCCUCAUUUGUUAAAGCUACACGUUGACUGAACUCUUUCUUUGUCAAAAACCUACAAAUUUCACCUCUUUCUCUCGCCGGAAAACUGUUUUCCGAUCAUGUAUUCCACCGGCGUCCCUAUUCUACCCUCCUGAAUGUGUACUGGUAUUCAUGUCUCUAUAUAUCUGUAUCUAUUUAUUAACUUAGGGUUUUGUUUGUUAAGAAACCCUAAAUUGAGAUUGUUGUUGCUUGUAAAUCUGUAAUUGUUAUGUGCGUUUCUCGAUUAACCUCUGUUAGAUGAUAUAUUGAGAUCCGUAGCUUGAUUUAGCUCUUGCAUCUGGCUUAAUUUUAUUAUUUCGAAUCUAGGGUUUAGAAACGGCAGUUUGGUACUUGAAGGUGUUUAAUCUGUUGUUGUGACUUGUUGUGUUUUGAUAAAGUAUGAAGAGAUUGAAGUCUAGUGAUGAUUUGAACUCGUAUGGAGGGGAAAAAGGUGUGUUUAAGGAUUGGGGAAGAAAGGAUGAUGAUUCGGGUUUGCAUCAGUCGGGUUCUCAUAGAACUUUUCAUUACAAGUCUGAAAGUGGGAAGAAGGGGUUGUUGUCUUCGUCGUCUUCUCGGUAUGACCGUGUUGAGGAGGAUCGUAAGAGGUUGAUUCGGAAGAGGUCGGAUUAUGAUGCGGAUAGUUAUGAAAGGAGGAAGAGUUAUGACAGGUAUAGGGAUGGUAGUGAAAGAGGUGAAAGGGGGAUUUUGAGCUCGUCUCCUCGUGGUGGAUAUGGUAGUGAUAGAGAUAGGAUACAUAGAUCGGAAAGUUUUUCGGGGCCAAGGAGGGAUUUUCCGAAGGGGUUUAGAUCGGAGAGAGAUCGUUCGCGGAGAGAGGGCAGUGUUUCUUCGUGGCGGCGAUUUGGUGGUGGUAAAGAUGUGGAGGAAGGUACGAAGAGUGGCGGAGGUAAGGCUGCUUCGGAAGAAAUUGGUAAUGUGAGAUCCCCGCAGGGUGGGAGAGACGCGAAGUCACCGGCUUGGUCGAAGGACUCUGGAAGUGAGCAGUCGAAGAGUGUUGAAGUAAAAAAGAGUGAAAGUCUUCCUGCAAAGAGUGAAAACAACAGUGAACGAGAAGAAGGUGAGCUUGAACCGGAUCCCGAUCACGAUCCUCGUCCUGAACGUGCUUCUGUUGUUGAGGAAACAGCCGGUGAACCGCCUUCUAUGCCAAUGAAUACCAGCCAGGAGGUUCAAAAAGAAGUUCGUGUUGAUGAAAAAUGUUUGGAAGAUAGCAGUCAUAGCACAAAGGUAACGUCAAAAGAAGAGAUCAAGCCUGAACGAAAAAGUGUUGUUGAAAAGAAAGCUGAUGUUAAAGAACCAGAAACUCAUCAAAAGGUAACGGACACAGGUAAUCAGUCGUCUUCUUCUGGGGAUUCUUCAACCCGGAAAACGGUUGAAAACGGAGUUGCGGUUACAUUAUUGUCAGGUAAUGAAAAGAAGGAUGCUCAUAAAGAGAAAGCUAGCGAUUUUUCUGGAAGUAGUAAACCCUUGGAAGUAACUUCAAAACAAGAUAACGAUACAAACGAUGAAGUUAAGGGGGAGAAUUUUAAUACGGAUAUGCAACAAGAUAAUGAUACAAAUGAUGAAGUCAAAGGGGAGAAUUUCAAUAUGGAUAUGCAUGUACAGGUAACGGAAACUGCAGAACAACACGAGUCACGUGACACAUCUGGAGAUGUUAAUCAUUCUCUUGUGACAAAAGAACUGACCCAAAAUUUCAAAGACAAGGGCAAGAGCGUGAUUGUUUCAGCUUCCGAUGGCAAUGACGAAUCACAAGAUUUUAUGACCAGUAAAGAGAUCGACAUGGAAGGACCAAGCACACGGGGUUUCGAUUUGUUCUUCAUGGAUCCUGUUAAAAAGCAAGAAAGUUCCGACCAAAAAGGAGCCGCCAAACCGAAAGAUGAGAAUCUGUCGUUAGAACCGCUUGAACUGUCGCUUCGUUUACCAUCUGUUCUUCUUCCUAUUGGUUGCCAGAACCCGGUUCAAGGUCCAGAUUCUCCAAGUCAGGAAAUGAGCAUUCAGUCGCAUGCGAGCUCAUUCCAAACAAGUUCCGAUGGAUUCACGAGAUCGUUUUCUGGUUCUCAGCACUUCACUCACAACCCCAGCUGCUCACUAACAGAGAAUUCAUUCGAUUUUGAACAAUCUGUUAAAAGCCGUCCGUUGUUUCAAGGUGUGAACUGGCAGCAGCUCCAGUCGUCAGACGAUCAGAAGAACACAGAACCACCACCUGUUCUUCAAAGAAGCGUUUCAAACGGAAAUGUUAAUGUUUCAAAUGCUUCAAAUGUUCAAUCUUUACAAUUACAUAGUGCCAGAUCAGCAGAAGGAAGUUAUAAAGCACCUCUUGGAUUGGAACGACAGCUAAGCAGUAAUAAUAAUAACAACAAACAGCCAUCAGGGUCACACUCAAGGCAUAUGAACGAGAUAAGAUCCCCAACUCAAAGUGUCGGAUCUCAUGAUACCGGUUCGGAGUUCCAUAAAGAUAAAAGGCGCGUUAUGCGGGAAGUUGUUGGUACUAAUCCAGCCGAUUUGGUUGAGCCAAUUCUUACGAUGGUGGUUUCCGACCCAUUACACAUUGUGACCCGGAUAUUAAACGAAAUGAGUCCACCGUCUAUAGCAAGUUUAAAAGAUUUAGCCCGUGAUGUUAUUUUGAACCCGGGUAAACGAAGACAGUUUUCCACCUUUCGUAAAAUACUCGAAAGAAGGUCAGAUAUUACUUUAGAUACUCUAUCGAAAACCCAUAGUGUUGAAAUAGAGAUACUGGUGGCAUUAAAAACAGGUAUUCAAGAUUUUCUUCAAACAAAUGCUGAUAUAUCAUCUUCUGAUUUAGCCGAAAUAUAUCUAAACUUAAGAUGCAGAAACCUCGCGUGUCGGAGUUACUUACCUGUCGAUGAAUGCGAUUGCAAAGUUUGCGUGCAGAAAAAAGGUUUUUGCAGUGCUUGCAUGUGCUUAGUAUGUUCAAAGUUUGAUAUGGCUUCAAAUACAUGUAGUUGGGUAGGAUGUGAUGUAUGUUUGCAUUGGUGUCACACUGAUUGUGGUUUACGGGAAUCAUUUAUUAGAAAUGGUCGUAGUGCAACCGGGGCUUUAGGUCAAAGUCAAACUGAGAUGCAGUUUUUUUGUGUUGCGUGUGAUCACCCUUCUGAAAUGUUUGGUUUUGUGAGGGAGGUUUAUCAGAAUUUUGCUAAAGGAUGGAGUGCUGAAACUAUGGCUAACGAACUUGAAUAUGUUAGAAGAAUAUUUUCUGGCAGCGAGGAUAUUCGAGGAAAACGUCUUCAUGAGAUCUCACUUCAGUUGCUGACUAGACUCUCAAAUAAAUCCGAUCUUCAACAAGUUAGAAGUUAUAUAAUGAGUUUCCUCAAUGAUGAUGAUGCUUUCAAAUCCGACAACAUUCAAAUCUCACAAGAAAAAGAAUUACCGAAACAAAAUCAUGGAGAUAUUCCAAAAACUAGCCAAGAAGCUGCCAUGUGGAUGAAAUCCAUUUACGCAGACAGGUCGACACAGUUAAAAACCGCCAGCUCAGACAUGCAAUUACAACGGGCUGCUCCUUCAAUUCCGAGAGAACCGGUUUUCGAUGAGCUGGACGGCAUAGUCAGGAUCAAGCUGGCAGAGGCGCAAAUGUUUCAAAACCGUGCUGACGAUGCAAGAAGAGAAGCCGAAGGUCUAAACCGAAUCGCGCAAGCAAAAAGCAAGAAAAUUGAUGAAGAGUAUGGGACCCGCGUGAGGAAGUUGCAUUUAUCGGAAGCGGAGGAAAUGAGGAGACAGAAGUUGGAAGAAUUACAAGCAUUGGAAAAUGCUCAUCAGGAGUAUUUUAAUAUGAAAGUAAGGAUGGAAAGAGAGAUUAAAGAUCUGCUUAUGAAGAUGGAAGCCACUAAACGUAACUUCGGCUCGUCGUGAUUGCCAGGUAGAUUGUUAUUUUUCAAGAUUGCAAGUUUAGCGAUUAGCACACACUUGGUUUUCUUUUUCUUCUUUUUUUCUUUCUGGCAAUCGGUUUGUAGGUUUCUCUUUUUUUAUUGUGAAGGUAGGUUUAUCUUUCGAUUAUAACUAUGCUUUUAAAGACAGCCUGUACAGAGACUGCCCUUUUAUGUUAGAUAUUAUUAUUAUUAUUAUCAGUUAAUCAAACGAAAGUUGGUUCACUUUGAUUGUCAA